AUGAUGCCACAGUCGUUCGCUGAGAGCGCCACCUUACGUUGCCGUGUUUCUGGUGCUACCGAUUUCGGAGAGAGGAGACCGCUGAAUAUGCAAUUCACGCCUCAGUCAAACAUCACAGCGGCGCCGUGGGCGUCGGAGAAAAAGUCGGGUUCAUUUGCCAACGCAUCCCAAAGACAGUUGCAUAUUUUUCGCCUUGAUGGGGACGGUUGCCCACAAUUGAAAUAUAAAAAGGCUGGUGGGAAUGGAAGACCACUUUCCACCAGCUGUCGACGCGCAGGGAGACAGACCCCUGCCCCCUCCCCUUCAAAGUUCGAACUAGCUGCUGUGGCAGCCUUGUGCAGUCCAGCAGCAUCCACAUCGAGAGCCCUAUUUCCACGUGUUGGACCCACAAAGCGUUCUCCCUUCCCGUCGGCUCAUUCUUUCGUCCCCUCCAGGAACAUUUUUCUUGGAAAGACGCCUUCAGAGGAAGGGGACGCAAGACCUGAGGGCGCCAGUAGCAUUCCCCUUAUACCUACGCGCAGCUUUGACGAGGCGGCUAAGAAGGACCCUUCUGGAGAGGCCUUUACAUCGUUGACGGGGUUGUCAUGUCAAACCCUAACUCAGCCUCCCACUGCGCAUUGGGAAAAUGUAGUGCCUAGAACAGGUGGAGGAGACUGGCAAGGCAUGGGGACCUUUCAACAAUUACCUGGGGGCCCAGAAAGCUCAAUCUCUCGAUGCUUUAUCCCCAGGACGUGCUGUUCCCCCAACGUCCAAUGGAGGGAUCAGCUACUUCAGGGUACGCAACAUGUGGAGUCAAACAGGAAUGCGCAUAUGUCUAUGUCCCACCAACUUCACGGAGCGCCUUCCCAAGCCGCAGGGACUGCAAACUGUUCAUUUGCCUCUCAACCAUUGCCUGGCGUUGCACUUACAAAGGCUUCAUCCUGUGGCGAAAAUGCCAUGCUGCCACACAUUGGGUUGAACGAGCUGAAUUCGCCGGUGGAGCAGGCUGCCGCUGCAUUGGGAUGCAGCCCCAGAAACUUGUCACAUCUGAUAAAACCAUUGCAUACAACUUGUCGAAAAAACGGAGAAAAUGCCCAGGAACAUGUUGACGACCAGCGUGCAGAAGUGGUAACUGUCUACGGGACGGAACGAUUCUGGGAUCUGAUGGAGACCCUUGCUGAACUUCAAAGGGGGCCCACCUCCUUGCUGAGCAGCAGCGUGACCUUCGACUCGGUUUUGUUGCCCGGAGGUGAGCUGGAGUACUCAAUCAUUCAGCAAGGGAGCUUUGGAAAGGUCUUUGUCGGGACAUACCAGGGAAGCAAGGUAGCCAUUAAGGUACCUGUGGAAUGCAUGCUCACCACCGACCCCGCUGGGGUGGUGGAGCGUACACUGAAUGAAUGGAAAAUCCUCUCCAUGUGUCAACAUCCAAAUGUGGUUCGUCUUAUAGGGGGAAUUGUGCAUGGGCCAUUUGAUGUAUGGCUAGUUACCCAACUGGCCAACGGCAGUGACCUUCACUCGCGAAAAUACUCUCGCGAUCCCCUUGUGCGGCGAUUCAUUUCGCCGGAGAACGGACUGUAUAUGUGCCGCCAACUCGCUGCAGUUGUGGCAUACCUUCACGUUCCCGUCCCUGGAAGAAAGCCUAUAGUGGUCCACAGGGAUAUCAAACCUGAAAACGUCCUGAUAGGGGAUGAUUGGACCAUACAGCUCUGCGACUUUGGGGAUGCAGAGGCAUCAGCUGAUGGACGUGUAUCUCGUAUUUCUGGAGCCACAUGGUUCUACGCCCCUGCGGAAUUGCUGCGGUGCAGCCCGGUGGAAUGCAUGGCAUCUAGAACAACUGUACAACUACCUCCUUUAAAUGAGAAAUGGGACAUCUGGUCAAUGGGAUGUGUCUUCCAAGAGAUGUUCGGAUUCCUCAGCCCUAUGCAUGUGCAUAUAUCCAACCGCGACAGCCCCAAUGUCAUAUAUGAGAAGCUGAAGUCCAAGGCUAUAUCCGGUACUCUUGUCCCCGAUAUUGCUUCAGGGAUUCAGGGAAUCGCAAGGAAUAUCAUUGCAAGAUGCUUAGACCCAGAUCCAUCAUCAAGACCGUCUGCUGUAGAAGUGUUGAACAUGUGGAACGCCCGCGACGAGGAUAUUCUUAAAGACAUUCACAUGCGGCCGUACCCUCCUGAAGCCAAAGCUGUAGAAGCCCCCAGUUUCAACUCUUCGAACAGAGAAGGCUUCCCUCGCAUCACCGCGGAACCCCAGCAAAUGUUACCCAGAAUAUGUUCGCUGCGGACAGAACCUAACCGCCACUUCAUAACAGAGAACACGCGAGGGGAGAUCAGAAACAUACAGAACGGACAACCGUGUUCCUCCGCCAGUGCUUACAGCACACACACAUACGUCAACAGGUUCAGCUGA